AUGCAACGGCAGCUGGAACAACAGAAGCUGCAACUAGCAGAAAAAGAAAAACGACAGGCAGAGCAGCAGCAGCAACGACCAUUAUGUGGAUCUUGCGGAUGUAAAAUUCAGCAAAAACAGGUUUCCGAAACCCAGGAGGCUGCAGUAAUAAAAAUCCUGGAGCUGUUCCCAUGCUUGUGGAGCAAAACUACAAAGCACAGUUUUCAACAAGUUCUAGACGGCAAAAAGACAAUACUCGAAGAGUGCGGAUUUUUCGAUCUUCGGCAAGUGGAAAUCUGCGUAUCGAAAAUACCAACUCGAUACCGGAAAGAAAAGGAUCGAGUAGAGCGGUCGAAGAGAUCCGGCAGCGGUAUCGAGUUCAGGAGGACGCGUGUCAUGGGGUCGAGAUUUACUACUAUGAACUGUUAACACCUUGACGUCCGCACAAUUCACGGUGUCGCAACGCUUUACGACCGGCGCGUUUGCACCAGUUCACCCGUAUCUGGCCGAGCUGUUUAAUCAUUAUUUUUCUUUCGUUGAUGGAACUUACAUACGAACAGCAACAUGCAUGUAUCUUUAAUUUCCCUCCGCAAUCACCUCUCCUGAAUGGCUUACCAGUAUGUCGACUAGGUUUGGUGUUCGAAUCCAGUUGGGGAAAAAUCUUUUAUUAUGCGAAAUAAAAUUUUUAUUUAAAA